UUAGUUGUCACUCGCCGUUCCCAACCCUAAAACCCUCGCUGACUCUCUCCCUUUUCUCUUCCUCUUCCUCUUCCUCUUCCUUUCCAGCCAGAAGGCUCACGGCUCUGUUCUGCUUGGCUUUGAGCGCGAAGAGAGAGCGAAAUGAAGACCAUCCAGUCAUCAGAGACGAUGGAUAUCCCUGACGGGGUGACCAUCAAAGUGCACGCCAAGCUGAUAGAGGUGGAAGGUCCCCGUGGGAAGCUGACUCGCAACUUCAAGCAUCUGAACCUGGAUUUCCAGCUGAUCAAGGACGAGGCCACCGGCAAGCGCAAACUCAAGAUCGAGGCGUGGUUCGGAUCCAGGAAGACUAGUGCUGCCAUCCGCACCGCUCUCAGCCACGUUGAGAACCUUAUUACCGGCGUCACCAAGGGAUACCGGUACAAGAUGCGAUUUGUCUACGCUCACUUUCCAAUCAAUGCCUCCAUUACCAACUCCAACAAGUCCAUCGAGAUCCGCAACUUCCUUGGCGAGAAGAAGGUUCGGAAAGUGGACAUGCUUCAAGGUGUAACGAUCCUGCGAUCUGACAAGGUUAAGGAUGAACUUGUCCUAGAUGGAAAUGACAUUGAACUUGUUUCACGUUCAGCAGCCCUCAUUAACCAGAAAUGCCAUGUGAAAAACAAAGAUAUUAGGAAGUUCCUCGAUGGUAUCUAUGUCAGUGAGAAGGGCAAAAUUGCCGAAGAGGAUUGAUUACUAGCUUUUCCAGAAA